ACACCCAGGCCAUGGUGGUACUGGCGCUGGUGUGUGCCUACAACCACACAGACAAGCAGGAUCUGAUCCAUGAUGCACUAAAGGUGGUGAACAAUGAUUUCCUGGAUGAGCAAGAGAGGAGAAAUGGCAUGAUUAGGGAUAUCUACAGCAUGGGGCUGGCCCUGCAGGUAUGGAGAGGGGCUGUGGGGUCACAGCUCCACUCCCUGGUUGCUCGUGACACCUUCUACCUCCUCCACAGGCUCUGGAGACCUCAAGCGAGUUUUAUGCCCCUCAGAAGUGGAACUGUGCCCAAGCCUUCAGCGUGGUCUACAAUCAGGACUACACUACCAUAUUCCUGCCCUGUGCCAGGUGGGAUGUGCCAGGUGCCCACCCUGGCCCUCUCCCUGCCCACAGCUUCCAUCAUGGUGCAGUUGUCCAUCACCAACACACUGAAGAAUUACUUCCACUACUCCACCUUGGUGUGUGUCCCAGAUAACUCCACGCUACUCCGCGUGAUGAAGGUGGCAAGGAAUGAGAAACCUGACAUCUUUUGCUUCCAGACGGAGCAGACAUCCUGGGGUCCCUAUGUGACCUCCAUCCAUGGGCUGGCUGGCAACAAAACUGAAAGGACCUACUGGCAGUUCUUCAGCUGCUGGAGUCCCCUCCAGAAAGGGGUUGGUACCUACAAGCCAAAAAACUGGGAGCACAUCCAGGCUGUCUUCAGCACCUACUGACGCCACCAAGACACCCUGGACCCCUCCAUGGAGCAAUAAAGUUCCAUUCCAGCAUGUCCCUGUGUGUGUGUGUGUGUCCCUGGGAGAAAACACAGCUCACAUCCCUUUUGAAUUCCAUGAGCUCAGCUCCUCUCCUCUUCCCCAGCACCACACAGUACAAGUACAGCUUCACCCAAUUCCUUGGAGACAAGCCAUGUCCCUGGCUCCAUCAGCCAGGAAGUGAGACCAUCAUCCUCCUCAUCAUCACUGUGUCCUACUUUGCUGAGAAUCCUUCCAUCUGUUCUGCUCCAGAGGGCCAGCAGUAUCCACAUGGAGCCCCUCGCUCCUGGAACCACUGGUGUGCCCUGGGGCUGUGACAUCACACAGGUGUCCCAUCCACAGCACUGUGACAUCAGCACCGUGUCUCUACAGGACAUGUGCCACAUCCCCUGGCUCCCAGUGUGGCCAAGAUGGGACAUGGAUGAAGCCAUGAGUUUCCUGCUCCCCCUGCUUGUCCUGCUGGUGGCCAGUACAGCCGUCCUGCUGGCCACCUGCAUUUGGAAGGAACGGAAGCGCGUCAGGGGCCGGGCCAGCGGGUCCCGG